AUGCCUCCCUUGAACGUCCCUGAAGUGCAGAAGGAAACGACGACAAUCUAUCCAACUCCUCCGAAUUCUCCGCCUCCAGAAAUAUCAUUCGAUAAUUACACGGCGAAGAGUGAGCUCAAAGAUGGCACCGCAUCUAGAACCGAGCUCUCCAUACUCCUCACUCCGCCCACAAGUCCCCCCAGAGGUAUGCCCGAGUUGACAAACGACGGCCAGCCAGCAGGGAACGCAGUCGAACUUGACCUUCCUGCGUUAAAAUCUCUGCUUAGUCUCGAUACUGGACGAUGUGGAUGUCCCACAAAACGAAAGCAGCCCUGUAAGGUGAAGAUUGCGGAGGGAAAGAAGGCAAAGAUCGACAAGAUGAUCGAGUCAAUCCUCCGUUUCAUCCCCUCAUCCCCGGAACUCGAGGGCGAGAUGCAAAAUCUGGCUAGGCUUGUGCACUGUUGGUACCAUGACCAUGGACAGUCCAUCGAAUCUCGUGCCGAGGAAUGGAUAGCCACGAUAUCUACCAGAGUUCCGGGCAACAAGCCAUUUCUGUCUUUGGAGCGGCAAAUUAGAAAAGCUCUAGGCGGCUUGUCUACCCAGUGCAUAGGAGAAUCGCAAGGGCAGGGCAUUUGUUGCCGUGAAAUCGGAGGACAGAAGGUGCAGAACUGUACUAGAACCAUUAACGAGAUUGUCUAUUCGGCGACUGCUCUAGGUGACGAUGAUGAUAUUGAGCACCUUCUCAAAGUUCUUGAACACAAUAGGCUUUGCGAUCUCCAUGAUAGACAGCCCCCAAGACAUGUGAAGUUGUGGAAAUCGAGGAUCAUGGAGAUUCGCAGCAAAUGCCAUGCCCAGUGUGCGAAACUGGCUGACGAUACUCCACCGUCAGCUUCUCAAAAGCGCGUGGUCCUGAAGGCGAGAACCUCACGCCUGUCGCCUCUAAGACUGAAUAUCGAUCCGGCUAAAUAUUGGCCCGUGGCAUAUGAUGUGAGUCCUUUCAGCAUCAUAGAGAGGGGCGAUAGACUCAACGACUACAAAUUGUCAUAUGACCAAAUUGCUAUGCAAGCUAGGAGUCCCCUGGAUGCGGAGUUGGGUGACUUGAAGGAUGGAUAUGUAUACAUGUAUAAGGUCGAAGGAAACGAUGGAUUUGUCAAAAUCGGUUAUACCAGUCGGACUACCGAUGAGCGGCUGAAGGAGUGGGCGUUUGCAUGCAAUCGAGCUCCCAAAUUGCUCUAUCCGAACUCGUCGAACCUGCAGAAGGUUCCAAAUGCCCGCCGCGUCGAAGCUUUGUGUCACGCAGAGCUACAUCAUCGACGGGUCAGAGUCUAUUGCACUGGUUGUUUGAAGCAGCAUCUUGAAUGGUUUGAAAUUCCCGCUGUUGACGCCAUCGCAGUUAUCUCCAAGUGGUCAAACUGGAUGGCAUCCAAACCAUAUCAAAAGGUUAAGCUGAGAUCCCGGUCAAUAUGGCACCUGAAAACUGAGGAAGCGAAAAGAUUUAAUGAUAUCAGAACAUUUUUGAAAGAUACAUCCCCUCCAGUGCCGAAGCGUUAA